AUGCCCUUGAAAGUAAAACGACUUGCCCGAGAUCCAGAAAGAUUUGUUUGGGCAGUUAGUAUGGCACAAACAAGACAUAUUAAUUUCAGAAUAAGAUUUGGUUCAUUAAUUCAAGAUGCAAAUAUGUUUGCUCCCUAUGCAGAUAUGUUGAACCAUUCUUGCAAGCCAAAUUGCUUUUUCCAUUGGAGAUUCAGAGACCGAAUGUUUGAGGUGAUGACAAAUGUUGGACAAAGGAUUAAAAAAGGGGAAGAUGUGAACUCUGAUGAAUGGUUUUUGAAAAGGAUGCAAGAGAUGUCACUGAAUUACCAUUUCACAAUGGAGCAAGAAGUAGGAUCAGUUAUGUAUUUUUGGAUUAAACGGAACCGGUGGAAGAUUGUUGCCAUUAGUGAAGCUUGAGGGUGGAAGGACAAGAUGACGGUGGAGGACAUGAAUCUUGCUGUUCUAGCAGAUGGAUGAAGUGCAACCAUCUCUCAUAUUAGGUGAUGUAGCUGAGAAAAAGAAGAAAAAGAAAACGAAAAAGGUGAAGACCAUUGUCCGUCAUUGGUGGAGUGAGGGCUAUAUUCGAAUAGGACCAUGAUGGUUCAUAUAUCAAAGGAUUGUGCGUUAAACGCAAAAAACAACAACGUACAC